GCCGACGGAGCCAUGAGAGAGUACAAAGUGGUGGUACUGGGCUCGGGUGGCGUGGGCAAGUCCGCGCUCACCGUGCAAUUCGUAACAGGUUCCUUCAUCGAGAAGUACGACCCAACCAUCGAAGACUUUUACCGCAAGGAGAUCGAGGUGGAUUCGUCGCCGUCGGUUCUGGAGAUCCUGGACACCGCGGGCACGGAGCAGUUCGCUUCCAUGCGGGACCUGUACAUCAAGAAUGGCCAGGGCUUCAUCCUCGUCUACAGCCUGGUCAACCAGCAGAGCUUCCAGGACAUCAAGCCCAUGCGGGACCAGAUCAUCCGCGUGAAACGGUACGAGCGCGUACCCAUGAUCCUGGUAGGCAACAAGGUGGACCUGGAGGGCGAACGUGAGGUCUCCUAUGGCGAGGGCAAGGCCCUGGCCGAGGAGUGGAGCUGCCCCUUCAUGGAAACAUCGGCCAAAAACAAAGCCUCAGUGGAUGAGCUAUUCGCAGAGAUCGUGAGGCAGAUGAACUACGCGGCACAGCCCAACGGCGACGAGGGCUGCUGCUCGGCCUGUGUGAUCCUGUGAGGCGCUGUCUGCCGCCGGGCGCUGGCCACGCUCUGUGCACAAAGCCAAACGCACCCGAUUCUCUUAAUGUGAUUGUCUUCUUGCUUUGAGAUUGGAGACGACUUUGUUGUAUUGGCUGGGAUGUCCGAGGAACCUGGCUGACUUGUGUGGCCAGCAUCCCUAGCCUUCAGCCGUGGUCCGAGGGGGUGUCCGUUGCUGAGCAUCUGAGACCCUGAUGGAAAAAUGGCUCUAUACAGCGUGUACGUUCCUCGUUGAUUUUGGUUCAUGCAUUUUUCCCCGUUUAAGUAGCCAUUAAGGCUCUGCAUUGGCUGCUUGACACCGGCAAGCGAAAGUUUCAAGCCUGGAAAAAAAAAAUGGGGGUGGGGAAGCAGAGGAAGUGGAGGGGAAGGAGGCAGUGGGGGAGGGUUCCCCCAAGCAACUGUUCACAGUUCCAAGUUUUAACACAAGGAAAGAGGUCCAAGAAAAUCAUGCGAAGGAGCCAGAAGAGGGGACAAAACUUUUUUUUUUCCUUGUUUUCCAGGAUUAUUUGGAAAUUAAGACCAGGGGUUCCUUUUCUGCCAGCUUGGAAGGGCAACCCAGGGACUGAUUAGGAUUCUGAGGAUGUCUAUGCAAAGUUGGGUUCUUGUUACAGUGUAUCCAAUCUGAAGUAUUGCACAUGUGAACUGGGACUGUUAAGCACUGAUGCCAAUACAGUGUGGGGUGCCAGGAAGUGUCUGCUGAUAUUUGUGGGAAAAAAAAAUCUAUUUUGAUUACCUACUGUAUCAAAGGGGAGUCUGGGGGGAGAAUGGUAGUAUUUUUUUUUAAUCAGCUGUGAAAAAUGUUACAGAUCUGCACAUUUUUUGUGUGUGCUAUUGUGUGUGUGUGUGUGUGU